UAGAUUGUUGAAAACCCAGGGGUCAAGUGCGGGUGAGAGGAGGAGGAGGAGGAGGAGGAGGAGGAGGAGGAGGAGGAGGAGGAGGAGGAGGAGGAGGAGGAGGAGGAGGAGGAGGAGGAGGAGGAGGAGGAGGAGGAGGAGGAGGAGGAGGAGGAGGAGGAGGAGGAGGAGGAGUAGGAGGAGGAGGAGGAGGAGGAGGAGUAGGAGGAGGAGGAGGGGGGGGCAGAGGACGAAAGAGUGUUGCUGAUUGGACCAAAGGUAGAACCUUCCGAGGU